AUGAAACAACAAUCAACUACUCCUAAUUCUAAUAAUCUUCAACAGCCCUCUAGUUCUAAAUCAUAAAAUAACCCUUCUGCAGCUACUUACAACCCAAGAGGAGGGGCCCCUAGUUUCCCUGAUGUUUCAAGUAUUCACCCUUUAAAUGAUAUUGAAUCAUAGUAAACUAAACACUAACAGAAAAAUCAAAAUUAUUAAAAUCAAAUAGACUCAAGUUAAGCUGCUGCCGUUGACAAUCAAAUUGACUUUUGGUCUCUUGAUUAACUUUUAGCAAGGAUAAAAUAGGAUGACUCAGAGGAUGGAUAGCAAUAAGCGGAAGUUGGUUACUUUUGCCAACUUAAUGCUGACUUUAAAAGCACUGAGGAGGAAAUAAGGAAUAACUAUCUCUCUAUAACUUCCAAAAUUCAUACUGAACUGAAAAGAACAUCAACCGAACAAGGAUCAAAUUCCUUUGUCAAGAACUAUAUUUCUCAAUUAAAGAGCAUAAUUACAGCUUAUCGAUUUUUAUCUGAAGAAAAAGAGAGAAACAAAUACAUCAACAUGAUAAGACUCAGAUCAUUAGUCUCUUAGAUGCUAGAGUUAAAUUUUGUCGAAAAUGUUAUGAAUGAUCGUUACAAGGAUCAUAUUUGCAGAUCAUAUCACUUUUCAAUGAUAAAGAAAGUUGUAAAGGGAUAUAAAUAUGAUGAGUUUUUCAUUGAGUUCAAUAAUGACAAGCCUAUCACAUAUUAUGCGAACUUCCCAUUGCAAAGAGAUUUUAUUGUGGAGAUUAUAAAUCUUGCCAUUGAUGAGAUAAGAUUUUAAAAUGACAAAAAUAAGGGAAUAAAUAAUCCAGAUAAUCACAACUUAUCAAAGAAGAGCGGAAUAAUGGACAUCGCUGUAAAAACAAGUCUAGAUCUCAAAUUUAUAAUGGAUGAUUUUGUGUUACCUCCAAAGAGCAUUGCUAAGGCAUGUGUGAUGAAAAAGAACAAAUCUGUAGGCUAUGAGAAAAGAUAUUUACUUCUGGGAUACUCACAACUGAUUAUUGCUAGAGACCCUGAGUAUUUUCACAUUGUAAACGUCAUCCCACUAGAAGGAGGGUAUGUCAUGGUUAAAAAGCCACCUGAUUUUUCUGGAUUAGUUAUUUAGACUCAUCUAAGGAAUUUUCAAUUUAAAUUCCAGUCUUAGGAUGAAUUGGUUAGCUGGUACCAUCACCUAUAAUCUGCUAUAAGUAAAGAGGUAAAGAUCAAGAAAUAUACUAAGAGAGUCAUGGAGUAACAUGACAAGAUGAGUAACUAAAAUAAAGCUGAGUAAUAUAAAAAGAUUUUAAAUGAUGCUGAGGAAAAAAUCAAUGAGUUAAUGAAAGUAUUCACUAAUAAAAGGAAGUUUGAAAAGGAGAACUUGAGUGAUUUGGAAUUCAAAGAUUUCAUGGAAAAGACUAAUAAGGAAAGUAAAUUAUAAGAAAAGCUAAUUAGUGUUGGUUCAUAAAUCAUCGGUUAGAAUUUUUUAAAUGGAAUCUAAACUGGAAAAACAAGCAGAGAGGGCUAGUUGAAAGGUCAAGGCAAUAAUAAUGGUGUAAAUGGAAGUAAUCCUAAUGUUUAAUUUGAGGAAGCAUUGUAAAAAUCAGGAAAUAAUAGAUAUGAGAGAAAGACUUUAGCUGGAAAAAAUCUACAAAAGGCAAUGAGUGUUCUAAAUAAUACAAAUACUAAUUCAGUUCACCAAGAACCAUAGGACUCAGAUUAUGAUGAGUUCAUUAUACAUAAGGAUGGGAAUGAGGAAAUACAUAUUACUGGAAAAGCACGCAAACAGCUUUAAUGGCCUCUAUUGCAUGGCUAAAAUGUAGAAAAAUCUAAGAACUCCAUAAAACAUCCGUUUAUGGGUAGUAGUGAUAACUAAAAUGAAAGUAGCAAGCAUUUUAAUCGUAAUCAUAAUCAACAGCAUGAAAAUUUCAUGCUUGGUUCGACUAAGAAUAGUCCAGAUAACGAUACAAAUAUCGAUGGAGGAUAUAAAAGUAGUGGUACUGGAAAAUCUGAGAUUCAAAGUAGUAGUAUGAAAUCAAGUGAUAGAAGAGGAAAGAGAUCGAAGAGGAAUUUUCAAGCUAAGACGUUUAGAAAUGAAUUUGAUUAGGAUGAAUCUUAGAUAUACUGA